AUGGCUCCCGGGUUGGAGAAGCGAUCGCUGCGAGGCAGGAAGGAAUAUGUGGGUGGGAGGUUAUCCAACUCCUAUUUCCUUUCGCUGUGGCCGGCCAUCAAAGCUGAAUCCGAACUUGAAUUCUGUGUAGCUAAUUGCAGAGUUGGUAGGCCGGUGGUUUCCGGGGGAGAAUUCAUAGCUAGCAUCAUUGCAUGUGUGAGUAACAGCUGAUGGCAGAACGCACCCUUGCCACUUUCCAUGCUGAGCUCUCAGGGGAGGAGUCUUGGUCCCUUAAUGGCCAACGUGGCAGAGAGAAACAUGAAGUUGUUCUCAGGGAGGGUGGUGCCAGCCCAGGGGGUAGAAACCUUUGAAAACCGGCUGAUCCAAGUCAAUGAGGUUCUGCCAGAUUGGAAUAUGUCUGAGGAGAAAAAGGUCAAGCGCUUGAUUGAAACCUUUAGGGGCCCUGCCCAGGAGGCCGUGCAUUUGCUCCAGGCAGCUAACCCCAACCUAAAUGUGGCAGAUUUUUUGAGGGUUAUUAAAUUGGUGUUUGGGGAGUCUGAAAGUAGUGUGACUGCUCAUGGUAAAUUUUUUAACACCCUGCAGGCACAAGGGGAGAAAGCCUCCCUUUAUGUGAUCCGUUUAGAGGUGCAGCUCCAGAAUGUUAUUCAGGCAAUCAUCAUAGCCAAGAAAGAUGCAAACCAGACUCGCCUGCACCAGCUCCUGUUAAACACUGAGCUGAGUAAAGACAUGAGCUUCAGGCUUAAGGAUGUUCUGAGGGUGUAUGCAAAUGAGCAGGAGUGUCUUCCCAGUUUUCUGGAGUUAAUCAGGAUGAGAAGGGAGGAAGAGGAGGGGGGCACUUUUAUUAAAAAGAAGUGGCCCAAAAAAGAUGAGCCAAUAAUAGAGAGGGCAGCCAGCCCUGCAGCAUUUCAGGCCUCCAGCAAUGCGAUCCACAGUGCUGACUGCAAUGUGAUAGAGACAGAUGAUACCCCUGAUGACGUAGAUGAGGAUGUGAUCCUGGUGGAGUCUCAGGACCAUCCACUGACAUCCAUAGGUAUCCCUCUCUUCCUCAGGGCCAGAUCUCAGGAUCAAGGGCUGGUCAUUGAUUCCACCAACAAUUCUGGGGCUUAGUCUCCUUCCACCAGUGGUAGGUCUGGGUAUAAGAAUGAUGGUCCUGGGACUAUGCAUACAGCCAGGAAGCAAAAUUUCACAAUUCGCUGUUCAUAUUGUGGCAAGGAGGUCCACUCAAAAGAAACCUGUGGCAACGAGAGCAACACGGCCCAAGUUUUUGAGAAUCUGAUCAUCACCCUGCAGCAGUUGACACAUACAGAAGAAAGAUCAAAAGAGGUCCCUGGAGAACACAAUGACCCUCUCUGA